GUUUUCCCGGGAAAGUGUCCAAAUCAGCAAAAUCAGUUUUCUUCUUAUGAUAAACUUCAGAUUCGGAUCAAUUCAGUUUCCAACUCAAAACUAGAAGCAUGGGUUUCGUUUUGGCGUUCCUAAUUUUAGGUCAAAGUAGUUUAUCCUUGGGACAAAGUGGUUCUAUGUCCAUGAAUCCGGUUUGGAACUGGAUCUAUGCUGAUGUAAGAUGUCAGCCCUACUAUCUGGAGCACCAAGAUCAUUAUUUCUGUACCCCAUCAGGCAGAGUCAUGUGUCUAGAUGGUUGGGACGGAGAGGAUUGUAAGAUUCCAAUCUGUCCGUAUGGAUGUAACAACGGAGAAUGUGUAGCUCCAAAUACCUGCAGAUGUGAGAUGGGUUAUCAGGGUUCCACGUGUCAGAAUUGUAUAAAGAUGCCGGGAUGCAAGUUUGGAGAUUGUGUCAAAGCUUUCCAGUGUAAUUGCCUGGAAGGCUGGAGUGGGUUGGAUUGCAGUGUUCCUAAAUGUUCUCCAGGAUGUUCUGAGGAUUAUGGAUAUUGUGAGUGGCCUGGAGAAUGUGCCUGUAUCCAUGGUAGUGGAUUUACAGGAGAGAACUGCACUGAGUGUGCUACUAUGGCAGGAUGCAAGCACGGUUACUGUAAUAAACCUGGCCAGUGUAUAUGUGAGGAUGGUUGGACUGGAACAUUGUGUGAUGAUCCAGUCUGUAGAGAAGGAUGUCAUGAACAUAAUGGACAUUGCAGUAUUCCAAAUGACUGUAUCUGCAAUACUGGUUACAAGGGUGAUCAGUGUGAACAGUGUGCUACCUAUCCAGGCUGUAUUCAUGGAUACUGUAAUACUCCCUGGCAGUGUAUAUGUCACCAGGGAUAUACUGGAUUUUUCUGCAAUGUAACUUCAACAGGAUAAUUUCAAUUCUUCUGUGAGACACUAAAACAGAAUUUUUUAGUUUGUGUAACAAUUAAUGUUUUAUAAUAGAAUAAAAAUAUAUUUGACGUGUGACAAAA